AUGGGUAUUUGUUCACUUUCUGGCCACUUUAAUCCGAAUAUAUCCUUCGAUAGUUGGUGGUGUCGUAUUAAAAGCUAUGCUUUAUACGUCACAGGAUCUGUCUAUUUCUAUUCAUUUUUACUCCAAUCUGUCUAUCAUAUGUGUCGUAUUGUAUAUCAUACUCGAGUAAAUUUACGAUCCUUUCGUCUCUAUAAAAAUCUGUCUAUUGCUCAAUGGAUUCUUGGCUUUUUACAACUUUUACCAAGUUUAUGCAUUGGUGAUAUUGAUUAUUUACCAACUGAUUAUCAUUGUCAAUUGUCACCGAAAAAUCUCCAUGCAACUUUGACAGGAUUGUCCAUUUUAUUUCUAAUUCCACUUAGUUUAACAUUGAUCUGCUAUGUUUGUACAAUGUAUUAUGUUCGGUCACGAAAUAUAGCAUUGGGACCGAUUGGCCGAAGUUCAAAUAUUCAUCGAGAUUUGACUGUAUUCACCCGCUUAGUUAUACUACUCACAUUCGUCACAACUGUUGCUCUACCACAUGUACUUAUACCAAUUGCUUAUGUUGCCAAUGACUAUUUACCUCUAUGGACAAGUCCUUUUGAGUGGUCACUUACUCUUUUCUCUUUAAUUUGUGUGGCUAUUACUCAAAUAUUUGUUUCGUCACAUUUGAAAAAAAUCUUCACCUGGCCAAUUCGUGUACAUAUGACGACGGUUCUGCCAUAUCAAGCAGAAUAA